AUGGCCACGCCAAUAGCAAAGCUCGAGCGUAACAAUCUGCUGCUUCUCAAAGUGAUCGAAGCCCAGCAAUCUCUAAAAUCACUUGAUGCAGCCAAGACAGUUGAGGAAUGGCCUCCCUCAGUCGGUCCUUCUCCCUCGGCUCGCAUGAUAAGCGAACAUCUCAGAGCCAUUGCCAAGGACGCUGUCGAGAGAGGGUUGGUUCAUCCUGACUUCAAAAUCUCAUGCUCCAACUACUAUCCACCAAAGGGGCAAAAGACUGGUCGAGACCAGCGUUCUGCACCAUUAGCCAAGAAGCGAGCUAGGAAAGAGGCAGAUGAGGACGACAUGAUGCAUACGACCGAUGACGAAGUGGUCAAAACCAAGAAGACCAAGAGAGGAGGAGCGACGAAGACCAAUGACGGUUAUCCCACCCCGCCCUCUAUUACCAGGUUCAGAUCCCGAUCUACCAUCGCUGAUGUUGCUGGCGCCACGGGCGGACUCGACAAAAAAGCUGGCAAUGAUAGGAAUGGUUCAGAUUCAGACUCGGACUCAGACUCACUCGCCGACCUUGGUGACACACCUACCAAAGCAGGUGCAAACAAGCAGCGCAUACAGCCGGAACGUCGUUCUCGAGCUGUGCGGAAAGACUACACCGAUGACUGGGCCACGGGCGAGCUUGAUGAAACCGAUGAAGACUUUGAUCCCUACAAGAUGCGACAAGAACAGGAAAAGCAAGCAAAAAGGCAUCGUGCACGUCGGUAUGCCGAUAAUGACGACAGUGACUAA